GUUUUACACUCCAUUUGCAUUCAGCCGAGACAGAUUGAAUAGAGAGAGAGAGAGAAUCCGCGGCGGCGAGGAUGGUGAAGUUUUUGAAGCCAAACAAAGCUGUAAUCAUUCUUCAAGGCAAAUAUGCCGGCCGUAAGGCAGUGAUCAUUAGGGCAUUUGAUGAAGGAACAAGGGACAGGCCAUACGGCCAUUGUUUGGUUGCAGGUAUUUCCAAGUACCCUAAGAAGGUGAUCCGAAAGGACUCAGCCAAAAAGCAGGCGAAGAAGUCACGUGUCAAGACUUUCAUCAAGCUCGUGAAUUACAACCACAUCAUGCCAACUCGUUACACGCUUGACGUGGAUCUGAAGGAUGUUGUCAACGUGGAUGUUCUGCAGUCACGUGACAAGAAGGUUACUGCUGCUAAGGAGGCGAAAGCUAGGCUCGAGGAGCGGUUCAAGACUGGAAAAAAUCGUUGGUUCUUCACUAAGCUUAGGUUCUGAGGGAAGGUUGUUUUGGUCCUUGCACUGCUGGUAAUUUUGAUCUCAUAUGAUUAAGAUUGACUGAAUUUUGAUGAAUAUGGUAAUAUUAGUAGUGUUAAAGGAGGGAUGGAUAAUGUUUUUAUUAUUAAGCUACAUUUAGUCUGUUUUUUUCUUUGCACUGUUUUGUUGAUGAAAAAUUACUAGAUCUGCUUUUAAUUACGCUGAUGGUUUCAUGUUGUGUCUA